AUGUUCUUGGUGUCCUCCUUCAGCAACAUCGCCUCAUAUCGUGAAUUGGCAUAUAUAUCCAGUUCACUCAGAACCUCUUUUGUUCCAAAGGUUUCCCUAUCAGGGGAACCAAUUGAGCUCCCACCGUUGUGUGAAAGAGCACCACUAGAAUCUCCAGAGAAGUGCCCAUUGCUGCUGCCAUUAUCUGUGAAGUAUCGGUCACCAUUUGAGACGGAAUGGCCUGGAUCUGAGGCUCGAGCUGGUCGCCCCUUGAUGAAACCAACUCUCUUUUCGGACAAAAAUGGCAGAAACUCUUAUGUCUUUUUCUUGAAAGAAAACUAUCAGAAUGUGAUGGCCCUAUCACAGAGAGGAGCUGAGAGAACUGGUUCAGCAUUUGGGGUUGACCUGACACCCGAAGUAAUACCUGGCCGUACUCUACCAGUAGAGAGUGGUCGUUCUGGCAGUUUAGUCCUUAAGUUCGGUGGAGUUUCACUUGGAAAGUCUGGAAUAUCUAGUGGGCGAACUGGAGCUCGUGUCCGUGUAUUUGGGGAACUUGGACGAGAUGAUGGCGCUGACGAAGGUGCUGAACUCCGACCACUGCUGGCUAAGGGUCUGCCAUUAGAUGUCAUGUUAUUGCUGCCAGAAAUCCGCCCAGCAGAUGGCGUUGAUGAAAGCAUGGCAGGCCGACGAGUGGGUGUGGAUGACCGAGAGCUAGAACGGCUCACUGAAGGAACUGUACUUGAUGAAGAACUGGUACGAGUUAUUGCAGGAACUUUACCAGAGGAUGAGCUGGGACGGCUCACUGCACUUGUACUGCUUGAAGAUGAACUGGACAAGGUUCGAGACCGAGAGAUUGGAGUUGAUGAUCUUGAGCUUUGUGCUGACGUGUUCUUGGGAACAACAGAGUUGGACACAGAAGGACGAUUUUUCACUGGAGUAGACGGACGAAUAUUUGUUGGUGUAGACAGACGGCCUUUGACAGGUGUAGAGGACCGUGUUGGUACUGGACGUGACGAUGGAACAGAUGGCUUUGAUGCGGUAAGAGUGGCAGUCCGCUUGCUUGGGGUUGUAGGUCUUGAACUAACAGAGGAAAUGUUUGCAUUGAGGACUGAUGACCUGCUGUUGCUAGACAUUGGUGUAGAUUGA